AAGCCCGCCGCCUCUCCGCCGCCGCCGCCGCCGCCCCCUCGCGGCCCCGCUGCGCCACAACAACACCAUUGCGACGCCUUCACCUGCGGGGGAAGGAGGAUUUUACCGGCCUCCUCCACACAAACUAAUACAUGCAUGCCGUAACUUAAUCUAGCCUUAGUUUCAAGAUGGAUGGUGCAAGUGGAGGUGGCAGUGAGUCUCGAGGAGGAGGAGGAGGAUGGACUGGUGGCGGAGGGUAUGAUGCAACAAACCAGAUCAAGCAGUUGUUGAGAAUCCCGACAGAGGAUCCAGGCAGAUCUAAUGAAAGAAACCCACAAGCUUUAUUGCAUAAUAACUCAAACCAAAAACAGGUACAGCCACACACCUUUGAGAAAACAGGAAACAUGUCAAGCAAGCAAUACUCCUGGGAAGCGAACAGGUAUCAUGAUGGUAGACGAAGGGUUGACAGUCCUGGUGGAAGCAAUCCUAGACAUGUGAAUCAAAGUUCACCUUUCAAAGGUUUUAAUAACAGACAUUUGGAUAAUUAUGCCAGUCCAAACAGAAAUGCUCAUAAACAAAGUAACUAUGACUCUGGGCAUGGUGGUAACCUUCGCAACCCACACUACUACCAACCUCACCACCACCAUGGUCCCAGUGGCCCUCUCAGGGAUAGCAAGGACCCAAGAGUGAAUGGCCCAAGACAUGUCAACAGCCUCCACAAUCCUCCAAUCCCUGUUGGGACUGAAAUAGAGAGUCCAGAAUUUCGUCCAAGUCCUGAGGUUUUAGCAGAGCUUGAAGAGCAGUUUUUGUAUCCUUUGAAGAAGAAAUCUUUGCGGUUUCCAAAGGCCAAAUAUUUCUGCCGUCUCUGUGAUUACCACUGUGAUUCUCUGGUAGUGUGUAAAAGACACAUAACCGACACUAGACACAGAAGACUUAAGGAGGCCAAAGAUUUGGAGACCACGUUAAAAAAUCUUCCUCCUGCCACGGACGCACACGUCUCUGCCGUCGAUAAGCUUAUUACAUCUGUCAGCGAACAAAUGAAAGCAACACCAGAAACAAUCACCACUCGGAGGGAACUUGUGUCGCAGCUCAAUGACCUCCUUGCCACCAAAGUGAAAGGAUGCAGGCUGGAGAUGGUUGGAUCUUCAAUAUGCGGAUUCUGCCUAAAAACAAGUGAUGUCAAUAUUGACAUUAUUAUGGAUGACAAUCAGAGUCCUUCAGCGGCCCUUUUAGGAGUGAGAGACUUGGUUGCAGAUAAUGACACAUACAUAAAUGUUGUAGACGACCUCUCAUCAUCAUUCCCCACCAUGUCGUUCACUCACUCAAAGACCAACGAGCGCAUGGUAGUGGGAGCCAGCAGUGCAUCUUCAAAGUACACCAACCAACUGCUUCAAGAAUACACCUCCUUAGAUCAUCGUGUGCCCGUCCUUGGAAUAACAUUCAGGUACUGGGCCAAGCUUUGCCAGAUAGAUGACCAGUCAAGAGGAACUCUUCCUCCCCAUGCCUUCCCCUUGAUGCUGAUACACUUCCUGCAGCAACAUCAACCUCCUGUGCUGCCUGUGCUGCAUACGUUGCAUCCUAACCCAGACGGAGAUGUGUAUCUAAGUAAGUAAUUUGUUCACGUGAAA